GUGCCGGUGUCGGCCAUGAAGCUGGUUAACGGGGGAGGAGGAGGAGGAGGAGGAGGAGGAGGAGGCGGUGGAGGAGGUGCAGGAAUGGCAGGAGGGGGUGAAAAGACCGCCUUUUCCUUUAAGAAGUGCUCCGCUUUCCAGUUUGUCAAGAGAAAGGUACGAAGAUGGAUGAGGAACCCCAAGGUGAGCGUGGAGAAGGCCCAAGGGAAAGGCCUCCUUUACUCCUGUCCAAGGUGUCCACUGGCUGAGGACCUGUGGUACACGCACUUCCCCUCGCCUUACGGCUGCUGUCACUACAGCGGCCUGCAGGGUGGUCAGUACUAUCACCAGGAGCCAUGCUCGCCAUGCCCUGCCAGCGGGCAAACCAGUAGCCAUGACAAGAGCAAGGGCUGCAAGGUCAGGAAGUGGAAGAUGCUUGCUCGCCAUCAUGGCGACGGCACAGGCAAGCAGAAGGAUGCAGAGUCAGACGUGCACCAGGGGGGUUGUCAGUCCUGGGGGAUCCACGCCUCACCCCUCCUGGCCAGCCCUGUCAUGCUGGAGUGCUCCAUCUGCAGUGGGCCCUACAUCAGCUACACCCUGGAGGAAACGUGGCAGCCACGUCAACGCACACAGGCGAUGGACCUGUACUACCACAAUGAGUCAGACCCAGACAGCUACUGUUGCCCUGGCGACAACACUUUUAUGAAACAGAGGAGGAUGGGUCUGAACGACUUCAUUCAGAGGCUUGCCACAAACUCCUACGCCUGCAAGCAUCCUGAAGUUCAGUCCAUUCUGAACUUGAGUCCUCCUCAGGAUGCUGAGCUCAUGAACACAAACCCCUCUCCCCCUCCUAGUCCAUCCCAACAGAUCAACCUCGGUCCAUCCUCCAACCCUUCGGCGAAACCCAGUGACUUCCACUUCCUCAAGGUGAUCGGCAAGGGCAGCUUCGGCAAGGUCCUGCUCGCACGCCAUCGCACAGAUGACCAAUUUUACGCAGUCAAAGUCUUACAGAAAAAGGCCAUCCUCAAGAAGAAGGAGGAGAAACACAUCAUGUCAGAGAGGAAUGUGCUGCUAAAGAAUGUCAAGCACCCGUUCUUGGUGGGCCUGCACUACUCUUUCCAAACAGCGGACAAACUCUACUUCAUCUUGGACUACAUCAAUGGAGGAGAGUUGUUCUACCACCUACAGAGAGAGCGCUGCUUCCUCGAACCCAGAGCAAGGUUCUACGCAGCAGAGAUCGCCAGCGCACUGGGCUACCUCCACUCCCUCAACAUUGUCUACAGAGACCUGAAGCCGGAGAACAUCCUGCUGGACUCACAGGGACACAUCAUUCUUACAGAUUUCGGCCUGUGCAAGGAGAACAUUGAACCCAACGGGACGACAUCGACCUUCUGCGGUACGCCGGAGUAUUUAGCUCCUGAGGUUCUACACAAGCAGCCGUAUGACAGGACAGUAGACUGGUGGUGCUUAGGAGCUGUUCUCUAUGAGAUGCUGUAUGGCUUGCCUCCGUUCUACAGCCGUAACACAGCGGAGAUGUACGACAACAUCCUGAACAAGCCACUGCAGCUGAAACCCAACAUUUCCAACGCAGCCAGGCACCUGCUGGAGGGCCUGCUGCAGAAGGACCGCACUAAGAGGCUGGGCUGCACUGAGGACUUUAUUGAAAUUAAGAACCACAUAUUCUUCUCCCCCAUCAACUGGGAUGACCUCAAUGCAAAGAAGAUCACCCCUCCCUUCAACCCCAACGUGACGGGACCCAACGACCUGCGGCACUUUGAUCCAGAGUUCACAGAUGAGCCAGUACCCAGCUCAAUUGGCUGUUCCCCAGACAGCGCGCUCGUCACGGCCAGCAUCAAAGAGGCUGCCGAGGCCUUCGUGGGCUUCUCCUACGCCCCAUCAAUGGACUCUUACCUAUAGGAUUUAAACACAGGCAGUCAAUAUGGACACCAAUUCAGACUCACAGGACAUGAACUGUAGCGUGUCCAUGGACUUGCAUCUUGACCCCACCUUACAUUUCCCAUCAGGAUGGUGGAUAUUUCUGAACCAAACCCUGCAACGACUCUGCAUCUGCAAUUAAUUUACACGUGUACUUGCCAUGAUCUCUCCUACUCUUGAAUGCAUUUAAGAAGACUUGCUACAAGAGGAUACCUGCCAUAAUUAAAUGACUGAAUGGGGUUGUAAUCCUCCACCUUACCCUGAUUUACCAACGCACAAAUUCUUCAACCACAACAGACACAAAUGCUCUGCAGCCUUCAAUUGCCCAUCUCUUACCCAUUAGUGGAGGUCCUUUGCACAUAGCUCAGGCAGCUUAAAAGCCCACCUCGACCCUGAGGCCACAACUGACAAGCACAUACACAUCAAUUUCCACCUUUUCUCAAAAGAGGAUUGCUGGAACGUACUGUAUAAGCCCUAAUAAUGAUUUCCACCUCUCUCCACACCUCUGUAGCGAGACGUCUUCUCUCAUGAGAUUCUGUCUGACCACCCAUGGGGACCUACCUGUUGUAUUUAAAUGAGUAGGUUGGAGAUGACAUUCAUUUUGGUGCUUUUAGUUUCUUAUCAUUUGCUUUCUGUGUGUUUGAAAAGGGAGUCAUUUGAAGCUGAAUGUUACAGAGGGGGAUGUUUUUAUGUGUGUUUUUUUUUUCUCAAAUGUGCCUUUACUUUGUUUUCUCUCCAUCAAAAUUCACAUCUUUUGGGUUUGCCUGUGUCAUUCUUAAUGUCACAGCGCUUCGUCCACUCCACACCUGACCGCAGGUGGGAGGAGCUGUCACCAGAGAGGAAUGAUGUAGCACUAAAUUAAUACACCUGUCUAUCUUUAACACGCGAGACGCAGGAACUCAAAGGAUGUUUCAUACCUUCAUUUGCACAGAAAACAAUUGAUGGUAAUGCAGAGAGAGAGAGAGAGAGAGAGAGAGAGAGAGAGAGCACUGCUGCUAGGUGAGAAAGACAGUGAUGUGUUCAGACAUGUUUGUGUAGUCCUGCUUGCCAAAGCGUCCCCCUCAUAUAGUCUUCCAUUGGCCUCACAAUAAUGAAACGACGGCCUUCAGCUGGGCCGACAACAUAGAAACUGAACAUUCCAUUUUAAUAUUGCUGUAAUGCAGUUUGACGGUAUUUAAGUUUGUUUGUAUAUUUGGAGUCGUGUAUUAGUUUUAAUGUAUAUUGAAUAAAAAAAUGACUAAAGGUAUGCUUAAAUAUAUAUGUAACAAUUCAUGUUAAAUGUACUGUAAAUUGUAAAAUUGAUUUAUGUGAGUAUGUUUGUUUGCAAUAAAAGUUUAACUUUAUUAUACCUUA